AUGCUCCGCGCCAGACACUUCCUUGACUCGUUUAACCAGUCGAGUUUAGUGAGUUUCGCGCUCUCUCACCCUAUAAGGUCGUUUCAAAGCGAUAGUUUAAUCAGAAAGGGAACUUUUAAAUGCGCGUUAGUCGCGGUUUCCCGCCAGUGUUGUUGAAUUACUUUACAUUCGCGGUCGAGUGGAUCAGUUCCUGACACACGAUGACUGAAGCAUUUUCAGGUGAGCAGCACAAGCGCGUUCACGCGCGCCAGACCCCCGGGUUCCUGGAGCGUCUGAGCGCGAGCACCGGCGGCGUGAUCGCGGGCGUGUGUCUGUUCACGCUGUCAUUCUACGUGCUCUUCACGAAUGAGGGGCGCUCUGUGCAAACGGCCAAGUCUCUGGAUGAGGGUCUCAAUCAGGUCGUGUCCCUUCAUCCGGAUGUGAUGUUGGACCCUCAGAAUCACGGUCGUCUGGUUCACCUGUCCGGGCCGCUGCGGACCGCGCAGCCGCUGUACGACCCAAACUACGCUGUGUCGGUGCAGGCGGUGAAGCUGCAGAGGCGGGUGGAGAUGUACCAGUGGGUGGAGUACAGCGAGAGCAGGGACUAUGAAGAGAACGGAGAGAAGAAGACCGAAACGACGUACAGUUACAACACCGAAUGGAAGUCAGAGGUCAUCAGCAGCAGGCACUUCGAUCAGGAGGUCGGUCACACGAACCCCAGCGCCAUGGCGGUGGAGAGCAUUACGGUCGUGGCUCAGGACGUUUGGGUCGGGAGGCUCUUCCUGUCUAAAGGGCUGGUGGACCAGAUCACCGACUUUCACACGCUGAGUCUCCAAGGACUUUCUGUUCCUCUUACGAACACCUUCCUGACGGUGUACGACGAUUACUUUUACCACACGGCAAACCCUCGACGUCCAGAGGUCGGAGAUGUGCGCGUUCGUUUCGCUUACGCCGGUCUGAGUGGCGAUGGAGUCUAUCCUGGCCCCGCCCAUAAGGUGAGUGUGGUGGCGAUGCAGCAGGGCGAUCAGCUGAAGCCCUUCGAGACGCGCUCCGGUGAUGUGCUGGAGAUCCUGUACAUGGGCGAACUGUCGGCAAAGGAGGUGUUUGCUAAAGAACAUCAGCUGAACAACAUGAAGACGUGGGCGCUGAGGCUCGGCGGCUGGGUGCUUAUGUUUCUGGGCGUCAGUCUGAGCACGCGGAUCAUUUACACGCUGGUGGACUGGGUUCCUGUGCUGAGGGAGCUGGUGUCUGCGGGGCUGAAGAUCUUCGCGCUCUGCGUCUCUUGUUCGCUGACGCUGCUCACCAUCGCCGCCGGAUGGAUCUUCUACCGGCCUCUGCUGGGCUGGGCCAUCGUGCUGCUCGCCUUCCUGCCGGUACUCAUCGCACACGCCAGAGCGCCGGCAAAGAAAAACCAAUGACUAUUUUGACGUCUCAAGCAAAACCUCCAGCAGCUCUGAGCUUCUCUGCGGCUGAGAAGACAGUUUCACCUCAAGCACUUCCUAUGGGGUUUUUCAGUUUGGUCUGUGAUCAGCGUAAGCUGACGACAGUUUUUGCUGUGCGAUGUGAACAGCAGCCGUUCACAACCCAAACCCUCUUAUGUAGAUACUUGUUACAAACAUACAGCUUUAAAAAUAAUGUCUUCGGUAUGUGGAUGCUGUCAAACAAAACAUCUAAGAUGAAUUAUGUUUACCACAGACCUUAUUUUAGACUUGAAUUACACAAACAAAUAUCUAAACAUUUUUAAAUGAUGA